GCCCGACUGUAAAGAAGCUUUCUGCAUCCAGUAUGCUUAUAUAUCUGGGAAACUGACCGGAGGUGGUCGCUAAUAUAGCCAAAAAUGACUUACGUGCAAUGAAAUGAAACCAUUAAUGUUCUAUUUUAUAUGUUUAACUCGCCAAGAGGUACGACAGAAGGAGUGAAGGUGGUGAAAGCAGCCAUAUAGAACACAUCUUUGCGUCAUCGUUGUUUGUCAAUGUCAGCGGUGGUGACUGUCCAAAGUUCAUCAAUGAAGAUUUUCCAUCUCCACAAUGAACUCAGGCGCACUGGGUAAAGAAUGGCCCGGUUCCGGCGUAAGGCUUGCGCGGCCCUGCUUGCUGUUUUCCUGCUCAUACUCAUCUUAACCGUCGCGCUCAAGUCGUUAACACCGGAGGAAUCUGAGUUCACUCAUGGAAACGCGCCCUCGCUGGAACUGAAGGGAGACACAAAGCGGCCCGACGUCCGAUCCGAGCGGCUCGGGAUGAGCCGAGCCCCCCGACCGGACGAGGGUGAAAAAUUAACAGUCACCCUUAGCAAGUUCCCCCCGCCGAACUACUACCUUCAUGCCUUCUACUACAUCUGGUAUGGGAACCCCAGCUUUGAUAGCAAGUACCUCCACUGGGACCACCCGCGGCUGCCCCACUGGGAUCCCAAGGUAGCUCAGAGGUACCCGCAAGACAGGCACACUCCUCCUGAUGACAUCGGGGCAAACUUCUACCCGGCACUGGGUGCUUACAGCUCAAGGGACCCGGCCGUCAUGGAAGCGCACAUGCAGCAGUUGCGAACAGCUGCCAUCGGUGUCAUUGCCGUUUCCUGGUACCCUCCUGGAACCAACGAUGACAAUGGCGGACCGGUAGACAACAUCUUGCCUAUGUUGCUUGACAUGGCACAGCGCUACUACAUUAAGGUGGCUUUUCACAUCGAACCAUACAAAGGAAGAGACGAAGUCAACAUGUACACCAACAUUAAAUACAUCAUCGACAAGUACGGCGAGCACCCCGCUUUCUUCCGAUACCGCACUGCCACGGGAAAGCUCCUCCCACUCUUUUACGUGUACGACUCGUACCUGCUGAACACGGAGCAGUGGGGCCGGCUUCUGCGGCACACUGAGAGCGGCAGCAUCCGAGACACGCCAUACGACGGCGUCUUCCUGGCCCUGUUGGUGGAGGAGAAACAUCAGCGCGAGGUGAUGACGGCCGGUUUCGACGGCAUCUACACCUACUUCGCUACCAACGGCUUCACUUAUGGUGCCACGCAGCGCAACUGGGACGCCAUCCGGGCCUUCUGCGACGACAACGGCCUCUUGUUCGUUCCCAGCGUGGGGCCUGGCUACGUGGACACUGGCGUACGGCCGUGGAACUUCCAAAACACCCGCAACCGCAUAAACGGCAAGUACUACGAGACCUCUCUGAGUGCCGCGCUGCAAGCCAAGCCUGACUUGAUCUCUGUCACAUCCUUCAACGAGUGGCACGAGGGCACGCAGAUUGAGAUGGCUGUGCCCAAACACGGCCCGACACUCUAUCUGGACUAUUUGCCCAACAAGCCUGCCAUCUACUUGGAGAUAACGCGGAAAUGGGCCGCCAUAUUCGGUGGUGAGCGCAGGAGACAGCGGGAGUGAUGAUGCAAAUGAAGAACAGUUUUACAUUAACUGUGUGUGAAAUCACAUGCUACAGUGGCCGAGAAGUGUCAAGAGAAAUGCAAAGUCCAAACACUUUGCAAAAAGACAAAGCAAAUUGCCAAUUGCCUUAACACAAACACCAAUUUCAAACGGUUUGCAAAAGGAAAAUGCACGAAUGGAAAUUGGCCAAAACACAAAUGCAGAUAGCCACAGCACAAAUGCAAAUAUCCACAACACAAACCCCAAUUGCCACAAUACGAACCCCUAAUGCCCGCAACAGGAAUGCAAACGACUCGCAAUACAAACUAGGCCUGCAAGCAGGACUGAACGGGCCUUCGCAGUUUGGUGCAACUCGGACGUCACGCAAACUCGGACAGCACGCAGGUCAGGAUUGUGGCAGAUUGUCCCCCUCGUGUAAUCUCAUGAGAACCUAACUUGCUCGAAACUCCCCUCAAUUCAAGGGGGCGCCACCGAGCCAUUUUGCUAUGGUUUUUUGUAAUGUCGCAAGAUUAUCGAAAUUUACGCAAAGUCGCAUGUACGUGCAAAAUUUGGUCAGUUUUCGUGCAUGUUCAGGCCUCCAAAUAUAAACUGUUCUAUAAAUUGAUAAAAAUGUCACAUUCGAUCCAAAAUACCCGAUUUCCUGUUAGAUUUAGAAUAUGGGUGCAAGAGACUUUUUGGAGCAGUUUUGCACAAGGUAUCGACUCUAUGUUGAAAAAACCUAAUAGGAGAGGCCUUUUUUAAAACUCCUUUCUGUCACCACUAGUUGGCGCUGUAGCGUUGAUGCAAACUCCUACAGGACCCGUCAGCGUAUGACUCUCAAGCACGGGAAGUUUGGCGCAGAUAUUUUGUAUAUCUGCUGAGUUAUGACUGUUCAAAAUUUUUGGCGAGACAAAAUGUUGACAUUAAUUAUCACUUUCCUCUUGGACCCUUCUGCUUCAACCAAACCUCAAUAUUUUUCAUCAGGCACCUGAACACAGGUUAAGGCUCCCCUGAUGCAGGUUUGAGGUCAAUAGUUUUUUUUCCCUUGGAAGAGGAGCCUGUCUCGUAAAAAAGGCAUUUCCUGUUCCCACUAGGGGGUGCUAGGCCUAAUGGGUAAUAUUUCAAUGCACUCUUUUUAAGGGUGGGAUACCGCACAUAGAUUUCAUAUAUGAAAAAGAUUGAACGUUGUGUGAAGGAGCUAUUAGUCAUUUACUGAAUUUGUCAUGUUGCUGAAAAAAUGGCCAACUUUGGCACCACGCCCAGGUCAGACCCAUGAAUGAAAACGCACCAUUUUAACAACUUAAGAUAUCAUAUGUCUCCUGAACAGUCUCACCAAUUUUGACCACGAUCCAACAAACUCCCUUUGCAAAAAGGUCUCAAAUGUGCACCCUGUCAAUCGAUAAAAAUUUCCUUUUGGGUUUGGAAUAUGGAUGCCAAUGCUUUUUGGAGCAGUUUUGGACUAGGUAUAGACUCCCCAAAUUUCAUCGCUCUAAGCUGACAAACCCUAAUGUUAUAGGCCAAUUUUAAAAUGUCAAGGGGGCGCCACUGAGCCAUUUUGUUGCAUUUUUUUGCAACGUUGCAAAAUUAUCGAAAUUUAAAUUUUGCCGCAUGUAUGUGCAAAUUUUGGUGACUCUUCGUGCAUGUUCAGGCCUAUAAAUUGGCCGUUUUCAUUUGCCCUGGAAAAAAAAAAAUCCUUUGCAUUACAAUAGGGCCUUCGCACGCUUAGUGCUCGGGCUCGAAUGACUCUCAACACAACUGCAAAAAGCCACAGCACGAUUGCAAACGGAUAACUCAAAAGUAUACUAAAUUCCUUGGAAGUAGACAUUAGGACUACCUCCCGCCCUGCUGGUGCCACAGUAGAGAUGGUCACAAAACCAUAUACUCUAUACCAGAGGUCGGGAACGUAUGUCUCGUGAGCAAUAUCUGGCUCUUUUAAUGAGUGCAUCUGGCUCUCUGCCAACCCGUGAUUUUAAAUGUGGAACCAGGCGGCUUGUUUGACAUAAACGAGCUGUGAUGAGCUGAUGGUCCAGUCACACAUUUUUCUUGGACCUUCAAACAUACGUUGCAAUAAUAUGCUUCAAUUCAGUGCCCAUUGGUGGUCCUCCCGUCGUAGAUUGCACGGAGAUGGGCGUAAGUACUAGCGGUGCAACGGUUUGCGGUUCAAAGCCGAACCGCACCUUUUCGGUUUUGCAAUUAAUGUAUUCCGAACGCUUGUGGAAUAAAUUGAUCGAGCUCUGUGUGCCUGUGUGUGACGUGAAGCACCGCUGUGGAGAAAUUCCCGCCCCGCAAGUAAAUGUCGGAUCGCUGUCAAGCACCUGUGUAAUAGAAGCCGAGUAACGCCCUCUCUCGCUUACGAGCGAAGUGAAAGUGAAACAAGAAAGAAAACAAAUAGCUAUGGCGAGCGGAGGAGUGGAGAGACCGAAUUUUGAGGAAGCACCGGCUUCUUUCAAAUCUGCGUUGUGGCAGCAUUUUGGUUUCCCCGUGGACUACAAUGCGGAGGGAGAGAAAAUAUUGAGAAAAAAAAAAUGGCAAGCAUUGCUCAGCGCUUGUUUCCCAUGCUAAUGGCAACACUUUUAUAACAUGACUCCGGCACCUCAGCCGGCAUCACCCACAGAUAUCACUUUCUCAGGGCAGGACAACCCCGAAGAUGACACCAGUGAAAACACACGGCGGGCUUUGUUAAUUUAUUUGCAACGUUUGACCCGUGUUACAUUGUUCCCUUGCGGACAUAUUUCUCCAACAACGUAAUCCCCGACAUUGAUGAAAUGGCACACUAAGCCAUCGAAGAUGAUUUCGCUAAAGCACAUAGUUUCGCCCUGACCGCUGAUAGCUGGAUGUCCCGUGCUACAGAGUGCUACUACCUAACUGUGACGGUCCACUGUAAUUCAUACCUGUUGAGUUGUACGGUCUCGUCAUAAUUUGUACAAGUCAGCACUGAUUUUUAAUUGUGUACGCCGUACGUUACGUUCACAAUCUGCACGUUUUUCGUUCAUUACGUUUUUUUUUUUUUUUUUUUUUCAUCCGUUCGGAUUUGUUCACCGUUUCUGCAACGAGACAAUGUUCGUUAAUACGUUGGUUAAAUGACUUUGAGAAAAGUCAGACACGCAGAGGGAAGAGUGUUGAGACGCUGUAGCAAACACGAUGCUAGGCUCGGUGGCUUCAAUAUUUCCCUACUGUAGCCGACAGCAUACAAUCUACGCCUAGAUAUCUCAUGCAUAUAGAACUACAUGCGAAAUGACAGACUCGGUAUCGUUACUAAACAGCCGCCAUUUUAGAGCAGUAAACUUCUCAGAAAGGCUCUGUUGUAGUAAAUCUUCCGAGCGAACCUAAGCAACUUUUUAUCUAAAGUACUCCUAAAUCGGCAAAAUCUUGACUUGAGUCUAUCGCGUUCCCUGGUUGCGGUUUCCACUUCAAGGAAAUAUAUGCAGUGCCACACCAUGAUUCUAUUUGUUAUUUUCCAAGGGGUGAUUUUUCAACGAUUGUAACAUACCAAGUAACAAUUUCAGACUUUCGUUGUUGUUUUCUAAAGAUUUAUUUCAAUCACAACUCGGCGACCGCUCGUAAAAGCCGAGCGUGUGUUCAGUCCUGCUUCCACAUGAUGCGUUCCAAUGUCCUCACGAAAAAAAAAAACUGAUCACAAAGUCGGCUCGGACAAGCUGGCAAGAAAAUAUGUAAAUAAAAACAGUGUAUAGACACACACACACUGUAUGGCUCUCGUGGAAUCAUAAUUUAAAAUAUGUUGUGUUUUUUGGCUCUUUUGGUCAAAAAGGUUCCUGACCCCUGCUUUAUACCGAAGUGUACGGAGCCCCCCCGGUGCCAGGAUAGAAAAAAUAAAAAAUCAUAGCUAAUCUGUACCCACAGUUUACUAAUCUGUACACACAGAUUAGUAAACUACAGACCCACAGUUUAGCA